AUGACCGAGAUCUCUUCAGCAAUCAAGGAGGAUCAUGCGACCUGGCAGUCUGGGAUGAACAUUCGGGUUCGCCACUUGAAAGCCCGGUUGGGAGAAUCCGUCGCGUCGAGCAGCAGCAUCAAUACUCCCAAGCGCAUUGAGACACCGGACCUCACGACGGAUGACGAGGACCCGGCUCCCGCACCUCACCCGCUCAUUAGAGAAAACAUUUCCUUCGCUCCUCUGCCGCUCUCGUCGGCGAACUGGUCUCUUGUAGAGGAGCUGGAUAAGGCAUCCGGGGGCGCCACCAAACUGUUCGACAUAGACGCUGUCAUCAAGCAUGAAUGGCAGGAGGAGGAGCGACGUCGUUUCAUGACGGACCUGGCCAGCGCACCCAUCGGUUCUUCCAAGGACGAGCAGCGUAAGAGAGUCAAGAGUGGCUACGCAAAUUACCUUAAGAUUGCGGACGAGAUCGGCUGGGGUGGCGUCAAGAUCAAAUCCGAGAAAGAAUUAGGAGAGAUCCUUGGCCCAGACCGUCGACGAACUUCAACAGGCUUAUCAGAACGUGAUCACUCCAUGCAACCCACGGCUAACCAGCAAGCGACCCGCGGAGAGUGCCCCCCUCGACUCGCCUGCAGCUACAUGAACGAAGGGCGUAGCAUUUAG